GGGGAGCCGGGGGCGUGGGGCCGGUUGAAGAAGGGAAAAUUUGGACUGGGUGGUUUCAGAGGGAGCAGAGGCAUUUGAGUCAGGGCACACAUGCCUCAGCUGUGAGAGGCCCUACUCCCCUUGGCUGGCUGGCAUCCCAGAGCAGAGGCAGAGAGACAGAGAAGGCUGAGAGCGUGAGACUGAGGGUGAAGAGAAAGUUUAAGCGUAAAGUAGACUAGGAAGAGGCGAACAAGUGGUCGAGAAAAAAAAAGAGAGAAAAGGAUCAGGGACUGAGUUUGGUGCAGCGUGGCUCCUGCAGGUUGUUUUUUACAGUAGUGUGUUUGUAUCUGUAGUGUGAGUGUGCAGGCGGUUUGUAUUUCGAGUUGACAGCCAUGGCUGACACAGAUGUCAAGAAGGUGCACGCAGCCCUAGCAGAAGUGCCUUUCGAUGAUGAUGAGGUAGCUCUGGUGGGUGCUGCCACAGAGCCGGCAGUAGAUGAUGAUGACCGUCUUGAGGGGGUGGACCUGGUGCUGGCAACUGGCCCUGGAGGCAAGAGCGAAGCGCAGAUGAACGGGGUCAUGGUCCUGUCUCUGCUCGACAAGAUUAUCGGGGUAGUAGACCAAAUCCAGCAGACCCAGAAUGGGCUCGAGGCCCGGCAGGAGGCCAUGGAGAAGUCAGUGUCAACUAUCCAAGGGGAGCUGGCUAAGUUGUCCAAGAACCACACUGGCACAUCCAACACUGUCAACAAAAUGCUGGAAAAGGUACGCAAGGUCAGCGUCAACGUCAAGACGGUGCGGAGCAACCUGGAGAAGCAGGCAGGCCAGAUCAAGAAGCUGGAGAACAAUGAGAACGAGCUGCUCAAGAGACGCAACUUCAAAGUCCUCAUCUACCAGGACAAAGUGAAGCCACCGAAGACAUCCAAAGCCAAGACAGCGGAGACAGAAGUGGAAGGCAUAGCCGUGGAGGGCCUAGAGCAGAUACCUGAGGGACAAGAGGGACUCCCAGUCAAUCUCAAUUCAGAUGAGGAGGUGGAGAUUGAGGAGAUUAUUGAGGAGUCUCGUACCAAGCGCCUCCAACGCACCACCAAACAGCAAGUGGACAACAUAAAGAAAGCCUUCUCCAAAGAGAAAAUGGAGAAGACCAAAUUAAAGACAAAGGAGAACUUGGAGAAGACCAAGCAGAGAACCCGUGAAAACCUAGAGAAGACCAGACAGAAAACCCGUGACAACCUGGAGAAAACCAAGCACAAUCUGGGAAAGAAGAUGGGCAAGCUCGGGACCCGCAUGACCCCCAACCUAGAGCGCAGGGCAAAAAUGAAGUCCUCCAAAGAGAAGGCGAAGAAGUCCCUCACUCCCGACCACACCAUUUACGCUCGCUCCAAGACCACUGUGUACCGCGUCCCCCCCUUCACCUUCCAUGUUAAGAAGUUCCGAGAAGGUGCGGAGGAGGUGGUGCAGAACACAGAGAUGGUGGAGGUGGCCGACGCCGAGGAGCAGUCAGCGGGCGAGGAGAACGGCCUGGGUGUGCACGUAGAAGUGGAGGAAGGGGAGCUGGUGCAUGUAGACAGCCCAGAGAUGGAGGCUCUGUUGCAGGUGACUGAGGACUCUCAGCUGGUCAGGGUGGAGCCAGACCUCCUAAAGAAGACCCAAAGUGAAUAGAGUGUCUUCAGAGGCUGGAAAGAGGAGAAUGGAGUCUAAUCAUACGGACACAAUAUUAGUCGUGCAUAGGGACUUUCUUGACGUGAUCACAAUCUAUGACAUCUCAUUUGUUUUUGGUUCACUUUUUAUUGUACCCAACAGGGAUGACUUUCAUAUUUGCUCCUCCUUAACAUACAAAUAAGAAAAAACUAAACAAAAAGAAAUUAAGCUCUUGAAACAUGCUGCAGGCUGACUGGUUAUUCUAGACAUGUAUGUUAAUGCUAUUUGCUGUUUGUUGUUAGUUUGAUAGAUUGAGUGGCUAUAGAAUAUAAAAGGUCUAAAUAAUCUUUGUUAUUGAGAUGAAAUGUCUAAUUUAAUAUUUGCCAUGUAUGAUAUGCACAUUAGUAGGUAUGUAACAGGAAGUUGUUGGCAGGAUUUGUGCUUUAAUUGAUGGUUUUAGGGAUGUAAUGUGCACGCGUGAAACAAAAAAUAAACAAGUAGGCAAGGUAUGUGUCUACAGAAGAAUUAAAGAACAGGAGGAGAGGAGAGGAGAGUGGGAAUGGACUAAGAAAAUCUCUUCCUCAACUAAAGAGUUUACAAAAACUUUACCCCUGGUAUGCAAAUCAUUUACUGCUAGUCACUCAUAGUCAAAUGUAACAAUAUAAUCUAAAUGACUGAAAAUAGAAGCGUUAUGUCUGAUAGAUUAUUUUGGAACAUUAAAAAACUGACAAAUU